UACCCGUGCGUCGUCGCCAUGCGACUCGACCAGAACGUCACACUGCAAACAAGAGUCAGACAAUUUGUUAUGUCGCGUUCAAACAGUAUUUGAUCUAUUACGGAACCCAAAAGGAGCGCAAGUCACCGCAUGAUUCAAUGAUUUACCUGGGAGCCCCCGCUCUCCGGUUUCGUUUGUAUUGUUUCAGGAGCCUUCUAAACUUUCACGGUAGAAGCGCGUGAAAAGACCUCGGUUUAAAGUGGCAUUCGCUCUUGUAUAAGCAUGGAGAGAGAGAGCGUAAAGGAAAGGGCCGCCGGGACCGAUUUGGACAUGGACCAGCAGUAUUGUGAGCUUUGUGGAAAGAUGGAAAACCUGCUUAAAUGUGGACGGUGUCGGAACUCUUUCUACUGUAGUAAAGAACACCAGAAAGCGGACUGGAAGAAGCACAAGCAGUUUUGUAAAGAGGCCGAGAAACCACAGUGUCAGCCACAGCCCGAAUCAACACAACAGCCCGCACGGACUGCGAAAGGAGGGCAAGACAAGCAGCUAAAAAAGAAAAGCACAGAACAACAGAGUAAAACAGCUUCUCAGAGCACCACAAACACUGGGCUUUCAAAUCCGCCUGCAGGUGGCGAAAGAAUGAAAGAUUUGAUCACUUCAGCAACUCGCUCGGGUAGUGUGUCUGACAGCAAGCAGACUGGGGAAGGAAUUAAACUCAGCUCUAAGACCAACGGACAAACGAUGUCCCCCCCGCAAAAACUGGCUAUGGACUAUAUUGUUCCAUGUAUGAAUAAGCAUGGCAUUUGUGUUGUUGACAAUUUCCUUGGAGAAGAGACUGGACUGAGCAUUUUGGAGGAUGUGAGAGCCCUCCACAAGACUGGUAAAUUUACUGAUGGGCAGUUGGUUAGUCAAAGAAGCGACUCCACUAAAGAUAUACGAGGAGACAAAAUAACCUGGACUGAAGGAAGAGAACCUGGUUGUGAGAAGGUAGCCUUUCUCAUGAGUCGCAUGGACGACAUGGUCCGACACUGUAAUGGUAAACUGGGAAACUACAGAAUAAAUGGAAGGACGAAAGCCAUGGUGGCCUGUUACCCAGGCAAUGGGACUGGGUAUGUACGUCAUGUGGAUAACCCUAACGGCGAUGGGAGAUGUGUAACGUGUAUUUACUAUCUCAAUAAAGACUGGGAGGCUAAGAAACACGGAGGAAUCCUGAGGAUUUUCCCAGAGGCCAAGGCGCAGUUCGUCGACAUCGAACCCAAGUUCGACCGCCUGCUCUUCUUCUGGUCGGACCGGCGGAACCCCCAUGAGGUGCAGCCGGCAUACUACACCAGGUAUGCCAUAACAGUGUGGUAUUUUGAUGCCGAUGAACGAGCUCGGGCCAAGGAGAAAUAUCUAACAAGUAAGAUGGAGUCCUGGGCACGUAUUCAUAAAACAUCUCAAAGUGCAGGAGAAAAGGGAGUAAACGUAGAAUUGAACAAGCCGUCGGAUCUGAGCUAAUAUGAGAGAAGCUUCCUGCCAUCACCCGCUGCUGCUGUGGACAGAUGGGGAAAGAGGGAUGGAUGGUGGGAGAGAGGGAAGGAAAGGGAUGGUGGGAUGUAGAGGAGAGAGAUGAAAGAACCCAACUUGGAAUAGUCUGCUUUCUUUAAACUUUUAAUAUCCAAAGUUGACACACAACACACAGAGACCCUGAAUGUGAUGUCAUUGCACUGCAAGGAAUCAUCAUUAUUUGCCAAGUUUCUGUUUUUGCUUGUUGCAUUGAUUUUUGGGCUUCAUUAUGUGAAGAAUGCCGGUGUAAAAAUGAGCUAUGGAGAAAAAUAAUAUAUAUUAAGUGAACCGAAUGCAAAAAAAAAAUAUUGUUGUGAAUUUUGGGGUGAUGAAAGAAGUGUACCUAUAUGUACUUAUCUGUCAGACGGGUUGUCGCGGUCUCCAUCGGAUGGAUCUCUCAGUGUUAUAAAAAGGUACAAAAGACUGUGCGUGAUGUCCCUCGACAGGAGGUUGUGACACUGUCCGGCUAUUGCCUGAUGCGCACUAUAGAGCCGACUCAAACCGCACUGCGCUAAUUUGGAUACUUUCUUUUCACAUGAUCCUUUGCAUCACAAUUCUAGAAUGAUGAGUAACCACGCCAGACCAGUACAGUACAACUAGUCACGGCUCGGUUUGGCUUAGUUGAGUAAAAAGGCUAUUAAUAGCUUGAGCUGCACUGACUCGAAUAAGAUAGAAGUUUUCACAUUUUUUGCAAACUGCGGUAGUGAUUUUCACAUUGCAGGUAUAUGUUAACUGCGGUGCUGUUCUGUGUCCUGGCACUCAUUGCUUGGUAACUGGGUCUUGUUCAUUAGGCACCAAACAUAAGAAAAUGGACUGAAACUGACAUGCUCGUUUUCCGUUGCAAAACAGUUUAAAAAGUUUUCCUUGCGUGCCCUAAUGAACACGGCCCUGUGUGCGCUACAGGAGCAUCCUGACCUGCGAUCUGUCAGUUGUUGCAGACGUUCAUAUCACCGUUGUCUUAAAAAACAAAAACUGACACCUACCUAUUAGCCUUGCAGUUCUGAAGUUGAUUUUUUUUGUAAAAAGGUGGGUUUUAUAUGUGCAAUUUGAGUCUACUGCUGUAUGGUCUCAUCAUUACAGCAUGUGUGUGUGUGUGUAUCUGCACGUAUGCAUGUGUGCGAUACCUUCACUAACCACUGAGCAGAGGUUGAAAGUGAGUGAGAGUGACUGCAAGAAUACCGGCAUGACUAUUCUCUCUGGCUAUACACCAUCGCCAUCAUGUGGUCACAUCUGACCAAUGAGUUUAUCAACAGGAGAAUUGGCAGAGCCAACUGAAUGCGGCAGGUAUCCUAGCGGUUAAGAGCGUUGGGCUAGUAUCCGAACUCGCUGGUUUGAAUUUUUGUUCAAACUGUAUUUAUUUGCCAUUGAUCUAUUCAUGUAUCAAUACAUCAGUUGACAUGUAAAUAAGACAACAUUUAGAGAGCAGUGUAUGUAUGUAUUGUUUGUAUUAACUUAAAAAUAUAAAUUCCAGUAUGUAAUUACUGACCUUUCAAUUGGUUCCAUUGUAAAGGGCAAGCUCAAUCAAGCACAGCGGAAAUAUACAUUUUUUCACCCAUGUCUGAAUUUAUAUCCCUUCAUUGCAGAGUCUCCUCAGGAACUUCUCUUCCCAGGUGUUGUCUCACAUCACAUCCACAGGAAAGCCAAUUACCUUUUUCUAGUCCCUACUCUUUUGGUGUUUACAAAUGUAUGAAGGAAUAAAAUAUGUGCAAGGAA